AUGGCGGACCACUCCUCCUCUGGCGCCAAGCCCAAAUUCACCACCUUGGUCGCCGUUCUCUUCCCUAUGCUCUGUUACUGCCUUCCUCUGUUUCAGAUCAUGUCCAAUCAGCACCACUCACCACCACCACCGCAAAUAAAACCCCACGAAAUCGCCGCCGCUCUCCGCUCUCACGGCAACUACUCCUCCUCCUGCUCCGACCUCGAAGCCAAACUCUCCCGCCACCUCGCCUCCUCGCCGGCCGGCGGCUUCUACACCGUCUUCGUCCCGUCGGACGACUCCACGUACGACCGGCGAUGGUUCGAGAAGCCGGAGGUCCAGAUCGUGACAUCCAGGGUGGACCGGCGAUCCUUCGGGUCGGGUCGACUGUCCGCGGGAUCCGUACUCCGCGGCGUCGGCGGCGGAGAGGAGAGGGCGAUUCUGGUGGCGGAGCUACCAGGGGGAGGAGAAUAUUAUCCGCGGCUCGAGUUUGGCGGUCGGGUGAGGGAUUGGAACUUGUACGACGACGGGCGCGUGGUGGUGCACGGGUUCGCCGGGAAGCGGAUGUCCCACUGGCCGCCGGUGGCGGUCGGGGUCGGUGGGCUCGGCAUCUCGGGUCUCGUGGCGCCGCGGGAGCGGCGGCCGGCGAGGGAGUUUCCCGUUCGGAGGGUGGAUGGACUCGAGACUUUGGAGCUGCUCGACGAUCAACCCCGUGUUCUUAAUCCAAGGGGGAUGAUACCUAGUUAUUGA